UGUAUAUUUAUAUUUAUAUAAUAUCUCCUCCACAAGUACUAAAAUGAAUUAGGAGAGGAAAAGGAGAUGAUAAAUCAUAAAUUUUGUGAUAUAAAGCAAAUUGAUAGUGGCAAUAAGUAAAGUACGUUUGUGCUUGAUUAGAGGAGUCAUGACAAUACUCAUUCUUUUUUCUUUCCCAAUGUAUUUCUUUUAUCUAAACAAACCUUAUGCCUGCUAUAUGCUUAUAUACUCUUCUUCUUCUUCUCCUACUCAACCAAAGCAUAAAUAUUAAAACUCUCUCAAUCUAGAUUUUCAGCUACUCAAAUCAAAUGGCGCCCAACUCUAUAGCAUGCUUCCUCUGUCUUUUGUUCUUCAUAUCACAGCUUUAUUCAAAUGAAUCGACCAUCAUUGGAGCCAACAACCAGACAGACUUUUUCGUCCUCAUGAAGAAAUCUCUCUCCGGUGCCACCUUGGACAAUUGGUAUGUUGGUUCCGGGGCUAAAAAACCAAUAUGUAACUUCUCCGGCAUAGAAUGCGAUAGUGGAGGCCAAGUCAUCAAAAUCGACAUGUACGGUUGGUCACUCUCUGGGACCUUCCCCUCCAACAUAUGUUAUUAUCUUCCAAAAUUAAGGGUCCUUCGACUCGGACGGAACCGAAUCUCUGGUGAGUUUCCAACUACCAUUGUCAACUGUACUCAGCUUGAAGAGUUGGACAUGAGUUAUCUCUACCUCACUGGAACUCUGCCGGACUUUUCCGGUAUGAAAAAAUUGAGGAUUCUCAACUUGUCUUAUAACUUUUUCCAAGGAAAGUUUCCGAUUUCGGUCGUCAACCUCACCAACCUAGAAGUCCUCAACUUCAACGAGAAUGGGAACUUCGAAUUAUGGCGAUUGCCGGAGAGUAUCGCAAACUUAAAGAAGCUAAAGUCAAUGGUGCUGACCACCUGCAUGGUGUACGGAGAAAUCCCACGGUCCAUCGGGAACAUGACGUCACUAGUUGAUCUGGAGCUUAGUGGGAACUUCAUAUCGGGAAAAAUCCCUGCUGAGAUUGGGUUGUUAAAGAAUAUCAAAUUGUUGGAGCUAUACUACAACCAGCUAGUGGGACCAAUACCUGAGGAGCUAGGGAACCUGACGGAGCUAAAUGACUUUGACAUGUCGGUCAACCGUUUGACUGGUCAAAUUCCAGCCUCGAUUUGUCGUUUGCCCAAUCUUCAUGUAUUGCAGCUCUACAACAAUAGCCUCACAGGAGAAAUCCCAAGUGUGAUCGCUGAAUCAACCACACUAAAGAUCUUGUCGCUUUACGACAAUUACUUGACUGGCCAAGUACCUUGGAAUCUUGGACAGUCGUCGCCUAUGGAAGUGCUUGAUUUGUCAGAAAAUAACUUGACAGGACCACUCCCUGCUCACGUUUGUCAAGCUGGUAAGUUACAAUAUUUUUUGGUACUUGAUAAUAAGUUCUCAGGGGAGUUACCUCAGAGCUAUGGAAAUUGCUAUUCAUUACUGAGGUUUAGAGUGAGUGCUAAUAAUUUAGUGGGAUCAAUCCCUGAGGGCCUGCUGGCUCUUCCUCAUGUUUCAAUUGUUGAUCUUGGUUACAAUAAUUUCAGUGGCCCUAUAACUGAUUCCAUUGGAAGAGCUCGAAACUUGUCUGAGUUGUUCCUACAGAAUAACAAAAUUUCAGGGGUGCUUCCCCUUGAGAUUUCUAGAGCUACAAAUUUGGUCAAAAUUGAUCUUAGUAACAAUCUUCUUUCCGGUCCAAUCCCAUCCCAUAUUGGAGGCUUGAAAAAAUUGAAUUUGCUUCUUUUACAAGGCAACAAGUUGAAUUCUUCAAUCCCAGCUGACUCACUCUCUUCCCUUAAAUAUCUCAACGUUCUUGACCUCUCCAACAAUCUUUUGACUGGUAAUAUACCAGAGAGUCUCUGUGAACUUUUACCAAACUCAAUCAAUUUCUCCAACAACAACCUCUCAGGUCCAAUCCCACCCUCAUUAAUCAAAGGAGGAUUAGUAGAAAGCUUUUCAGGUAACCCGGGUCUAUGCAUUGACUCGUCAGUUCUGGCCAAAUCCUCUACUUCCCAUAAGAACGUAACUUUCCCUCUUUGUCCAUCACGAUCAUACAACCAAAAGAAAUUGAACUCCAUCUGGGCAAUAUCAAUAUCAAUCGUCAUCCUCAUAAUCGGGGUCGUUUUGCUCAUUAAGCGUCGUUUUGGCAAAGAAAGAGCCUCAGUGGAAAACGACGAGACCCUAUCCUCGUACUUCUCCUACGAAGUCAAGAGCUUCCACCGCAUAACGUUUGACCAACGUGAAAUCAUGGAAGCUAUGGUUGAUAAGAACAUAGUGGGUCGUGGUGGGUCUGGCACAGUGUACAAGAUUGAGUUGAGCAACAAAGAAGUCGUGGCAGUCAAACGACUAUGGAGUAGAACAGAGCAGAAAUGGACUUCGGAAGAUGAUGAUCAAUUGAUACUGAACAAGGAGCUCAAAACAGAGGUGGAGACUUUGGGGAGCAUAAGGCAUAAGAAUAUAGUCAAGUUGUUUUGUUAUUUCUCCAGCUUGGAUUGUAAUCUUUUGGUGUAUGAGUACAUGCCUAAUGGAAAUCUUUGGGAUGCUCUCCACAGAGGGUGGAAUAACUUCCAUUUGGAGUGGCCAACUAGGCACCAGAUUGCUCUAGGGGUAGCUCAAGGCUUGGCUUAUCUCCACCAUGAUCUUCCUCGUCCCAUUAUUCAUAGAGACAUUAAAUCUACUAAUAUUCUUCUUGAUGUGAAUUAUCAUCCAAAGGUGGCUGAUUUUGGUAUAGCCAAGGUUUUGCAAGCUAGAGGAGGCAAAGAUUCUACAACCACUGUUAUUGCCGGCACCUAUGGUUACUUGGCUCCUGAAUACGCAUAUUCAUCGAAAGCAACUACAAAGUGUGACGUGUACAGUUUUGGAGUUGUCCUAAUGGAGCUGAUAACAGGGAAAAAGCCAGUGGAAGCUGAGUUUGGAGAAAACAAGAACAUCAUAUAUUGGGUUUCUAACAAGGUGGAUACCCGAGAAGGAGCCAUGGAGGUACUUGACCAAACUCUAUCCGAUUCCUAUAAGGAUGAGAUGAUCCAAGUCCUCCGAGUUGCGGUUCGGUGCACCUACAAGAACCCGGCUCUCCGACCAACUAUGAAGGAGGUCGUUCAGUUGCUGUUGGAGGCUGAUCCAUGCAAGUUUGAUUCCUCCAACUAUAAAACCAAUUCUAAUACUACUUCUACUAUUACUAAAGAGUACCCAUUAAAUACCAUUAAGGUAAAAGGUGACCAGUUUGAUGAAUUAUGAAUUCUACUCAGUCUUCGUGACACUUGUUUGUUUGGGUGAUGCCAACUUCAUCAUUCAAGGUUAUGUACUACAAAUAUAAAUAUAAAUAUAAAUAUAUAGUAUAUAUAUAGAAUAUUACAUACUUAUUAUUAUUAUUAAUGGAAAAUUGGGCUUGUAGAUUCUGUAGGGGCCUCUUUUAACCUUA